UCCUAUUUGUCCAAAGAGAUAUGGUUCAAAGAAGUGGACAAAAGAAAAAGAAAAUUCCAUCCACUGACUUCCCUCACUUAAUCCUAUGUUCUCAACUAUUGUCAUCGACAGAAACUAAGCACAGAAUACAUCAAAAUGGCACUUAAUUCCAUCUCAUUACUUCCCAUAAAAUCCAUCAACAUUUCCUCCUCCUCCUCUAGUUCUUGUUAUGGAGCUCUUAGUCCCCUGCAACCUCCUCAAAAAUCAUUCAAGAUUGUCUGUCAAAUAGAAAGGUCAAAUAAUACAGAAGUAAAGAAGUGGAAAGCUAUUGUUUCAACUGCAUUAGCAGCUGCAGUGAUUACAUUUAGCUCAAACAUGACUGCUAUGGCUGACUUAAAUAAGUUUGAGGCAGAAACUAGAGGUGAAUUUGGUAUUGGUUCAGCUGCUCAAUUUGGUUCUGCUGAUCUCAAAAAAACAGUUCAUACAAAUGAGAACUUCAGAAGAGCCAAUUUCACAUCUGCUGAUAUGAGGGAAUCAGAUUUCAGUGGUUCAACAUUCAAUGGUGCAUAUCUUGAGAAAGCAGUUGCCUAUAAAGCGAACUUCUCAG